GGAACACUGUCAGCAACCUGAUUAUGAUCCUUCCUCCCAUUUACGGGGCCAUCCAGACGUUUCGAGACGGCCUCGAAUUUCGCUACGUCUGCUCUUUCCUCGGACUGGCAGCUGUUGGCGUUGGUUCCUGGUGCUUCCACAUGACGCUGCUAUAUGAGAUGCAGUUACUGGAUGAGUUGCCAAUGAUCUACAGUACAUGCGUCUUUGUCUACUGCCUAUACGAGUGUUUCAAACAAGAAAACACCAUCAGUUUAUUCCCCAUAGCAUUAUUAAUAAUCUUCAGUGUCUCAGUCACAUUGGUAUACUUACAGUGGAAGGAGCCAGUCUUUCACCAGGUCAUGUAUGGAGCUCUAGUAGCUUGCCUAGUGAUGCGAUCUAUCUUCAUUGUUACAUGGGUGUACCCAUGGCUCAGACCGCUGUGUUACACCUCCUUAGGAGUCUUUUUGUUAGGGUUCCUACUGUGGAACAUCGACAAUAUCUUCUGCAACACAUUAAGAGCCAGUAGAGAAAAACUUCCCUCCGGUGUUGGAGUAGCAACACAGUUCCAUGCCUGGUGGCACAUCUUUACUGGCCUGGGAUCCUACCUGCACAUACUUCUAAGCCUGCAGAUCAGGUCAACCUACCUCAAGCACAGACCAAAUAUAAAGUUUGUUUGUGGAGUUUGGCCCACAUUGCACAUUGAAACCCAGAAGACGAGCUGAAAUAAAGGGUUAGUGACCAACUGAAGGAUGGUGACUGCCAUAUCCAGACACCAUGGGAGCAGCCAAUGCUCACUGCUGGGACUUCCGCCAACAGCUAGGGGGCAGGUGUACCCCAAGGCACUAUCCUAGGAACCCUUUAGUUCUGCACUGUGGCAAUUUACGAAGAGCAGUAUAGCACUGAGUCCAGUUUUAGGAUUUUGUUUAAUCACAAAUAUUAUUAGACUAGUGUUUAUGUGAUCUUAUUGAAGUUUUAAUGCAAAUAUGAUGUGUAGUCUUCUGAAGUGAUUCAUGUCGAAGGGGACGGGGUGUUAUCUUAAUUAGGGUUUUGGAAAAAUUUAAAAUUAUUCAGAAUCUCCAUUAGCAUAUUUAUUGUUGUAUGUUUGAAUCUCCUAAGUCUAAAAAUAUUCAAAUGAGUCCCUAUCAAUUAUUAUACCUAUAACAGGUUUACCUAGCGUUUGUGCAGUUUUAGAACCAGCUGAGGGUGCUCAACUCAUAACACACAUGUUGUCACAUCCUUUUUCAAGGCGUAUUGCUUUUGGAUGUGCUCACUAUAUUGUAUAUGGGAUAGAAACUGCCUACUAGAAUGUGAAAGUAGUAAUGUGUUAUUGUAAUUCAGAACUAAGCCAUUUUACAAAUGUUCCUAUGAAAACAUGCCAUGACUGGAUUGUUAAUUUUUUUUUUUUUUUCAUUGCCAAAGUUGUUCUGGGUUUAAAACAGUCAACCAUCAUUUGUAUUUUACGUCAUUAUAACACACCAUUAGAGAAUGUUAUUCUGUUAGGGACAGAGCUAAGAUUUUUCCACGUACACUAAACAAGUUGAACAACUUUGGACAGCUCAAAUUUCUGUGUCUGGAUACACACACGCCGUCUUUAAAGAGAUACUACACACACAUUUGCGCUUUUUGCAGGACUAAAGUUGUACUGCCACCCCUCAAGUCCAUACAUUUUGACUUUUGGUGUUUAGAAUUACAUUGACUCUCCCUCAGAGUUUGUUAUGUUGAGAAACCUGUUUGUUUGCCUGUGACCAGAAUCUAGCUAAUCUGAUCAGCCACAAAUAAUGCAAACGUGCAGAAACAUCCCUGGAGAUCAUCAGCUGAUGUUUGCAGCUAGCUUGAAGGGAAGAUGGAGUUAAAUGCUGUAGUUAAAACUCAUUUAUAAAAGCCAGUCUGUUAAUAUAACUGUAAAUGUUAACGUAUAGCAAAAUGAACAAGUGAACACAUAGAACAUGUCUAAAUAUUUGCAUCCCCAUAAGCCGUAGGGUUGGGAUUCAAGACACAGACAGUUAUUCCUCCUCUAUACCUGUCUUCGCGCUAGAAUACAGAAAUAGUAUUUGAGUUUUCUCCCCAAUUAUUAGAAAAAUACUUUAUCUAAGUAAGUAUCAACCUUGAUUUUGAAGACGUAACAUUCACUACUUUUUAAUCGUGACAAUAAUGCAUUGUUUGUUUCAUGUUUUUACACCAUUGCAUGGAGGUGGAGAGUGUAAUGGCACAUAUCUUGGAGAAACAGUUCAUUAUACAACCACUCGACACAUUGCCCUUUUAUCAGACAUUACCAAACAUGCCUCUGUGAAUGGAGGAGAUGCUAUCUACCAACUGUAGAAUCUGACUUCAUGUACUGGAUCUGCGGUGUGAAAGGAAGGGCUCUUUAUUUAAAAUGAUUUGCUGCUGAUAUGAAAUGGUAACAAUAUAACAUGGUAUUUUUUUUGAUAUUUGUAUUUGUGUCUCCUAAACUGCUGUGUGCUGGAUUACCUACUCAUACAUUCAUUUUCCACAACACUGAAAAAACUGAAACAUUGACUUUCAAUAAUUCAUACUAGGUUUCAGUUUUUUCAGUGUAUGCAUACAGUACAUGCUAUAUCACUAAAUCUCAAACGCUUGGGUUUAACACUAGUGUGAAGUGUGAACCCAGUGUUACAAAUAUUCGUAAGCACAAUUUAUGAAAUAUAAGUAUUAACUGUUCAAAUUUCUGAGUGGAAUGUUCAUUGUGUGUUAUUAUCUUGGCAUUCCUGCUCAUCAGUAGAGCAGUUGUCAAAGAGGGUGCCUUAUUGUUACCUUGCAAGUAAUCCAAGUUGCCUUGAUGUUUGUGAUCCAAUAACCAUUCUACUGUCCCUGUGUUGUGCAGCGUGCCCAUAUCUUUCUAGUGCAAAGUUUGUGCCUGGUUCUUUGGCCUCCCAUUCAUUUCAUCUGUCCAACAUUUUGGUUACACUCCGUUCCAAUGAUAUUAACUGUGUCUGUUGAGGCCAGAAGGGUAAACUCUGCCACCAAUUAUGUUUAACUUUGGUCAGUCUUUAUGAUGUCUUUAUGAUAAAAAGACAUGCAGACUAAAUGUCUACAGAAGAAAUUAACUUUGUCUUUUGUCUUUUUGAAACCAUACACUGCAUUUCACUUCAUGUUUACAACAUGUUGUUUUUUUGGAAGCACAAUUGUGCCCAGACUGGCCACUUAUGAAACCUGAUGUGAAUAAUUGUAGAGGGCUGCAGUGCCUAUGACCAUGGAAAUAGUAACAUUUUACUAUUUUUUUUCAUAUGGAUGCUAGCAACCCAAAGCAUGGCCCAAAAUUAAACUUCAUGUGGAUCAGAUUUUUUCUGAACAAAGUCAAACCAUAAAGAUAAAAAAAAGGCAGCGACCUACUCA